AUGCGGAACGCCUCAAAUGCACACAAAAGCUGCGAAAAGCCAAAAGUAACCAACAAAGUACCUGUCAGCGAGUUAUGCAGCUUCAAUUUCACCGAAUGGGAGAAUUUUACGUACAACAACGCCGAGGAUUUGGAGAAUUUUUGCAAUGAACAUGGCACUAACGGGAAUUAUUUGAUAGACAAAGCGGUCCCAAACAAGAUUUUGGUGCACAAGGAUAAGGUUUUCGUUGCCAUGAACCGCGUUGUGGGAGUUUAUUCGACCUUGAACUACUUUUCCAUGAGCGACAUCACAAGUGAUAAGGUUUGCCCCAAGCUGAAAUGCUAUCCAAACUGCGAAGUUAAUACUUUGGCGACUUACCGUGUGUGUCCCAAAGCCAAAUAUUACCUCACGAAUGUCGUGGAUAUGCAAAUCAGCAAAUGUGGCGUGCUGUGGGUGCUUGAUUCGGGGCAUUAUGAUGACGAAAGCGGAAGAUUUGGGUCUGUGGAGAUGCAGGAGCCGUGUUUGUGUCAAUAUAACUUGUCAGCAGCUGCCGGAGAAAAUCCCUUUAUGGCUUGCUGGUUGUUCCCAGAAGAUUUUUACAAUGAGCGGAACGUUAUGGGAUACCAGUCGUUCGUUGUUAACUGCGCUUCUGGAUGCGACGAUUGCUUUAUUUACGUUUUCAACUCGUUAGACGGUAAAAUUCUCGUUUUUUCGCUGAAAACGGAGUACAUGUGGACAUAUGAGGGUAUAAAACUCUCCCCGGAACCCGAUGAUGCGGUAUUUGAAGUGACGCUACCCGAUUACACGAAACACUCGUACGUGGCGUUGUUAGGAGCAGCUGGAAUAAUCGAUGGAUCUAAGCUACAUUUUGCUAAAAGACCCGGAAAGGAACUUUAUAGCAUUCCGUAUGCGGUUUUAGAGGACCCGGAUAACUCCGUGCUGAAGGGAUUCGAUAACAACAUCAAAAUUGUCGGUUGUUUGAACGAAAAAGGGCAACUUAACAGCAUGGUGGCAUCAGAUGACGUCGUUUUUGGGGCGCAAGAACAAAAUCACGCCAUCGUUUGUUAUAAUAAAAAGUCACAUGUGUCAUCGGAUGAUGUCCAGCUGAUUGUACAAGAUCGCUCCAAAUACCCUUACAUCGCGAGCGUUUGUCUGAAUUCCGACAAACCGGGCGAUUCGCAAGUUUAUUUCUUGUCCAAUAAUCUUUUUGACAUCCAAAAGAACGGAUUGAACCAAAAAACGAAGAAUUUCAGGAUUUUUUACUUUAAUGUCAAGGAAGUGCAGCAACUUUAUCCCGAUUGCAAGGGAUAUUUCAAAGAUUUGGACAUGAAAUUUGUUCUGCCGUCACCGCACAUGGACGCCAAAAAAUUCUACGAGACAGUUAAUGCGCAGAAAAAAGCAGCUUGCAACUCAGAUUGA